AUGCAAUUGGCUAUCAGUUUUGCGCCUGUGCUAUUCCGCGCUGAAGCUCAGCCUUUACCUCCCCGGACCACUUUAGAGUCCAGCUUGGUGGGUAGAUGCGCAGCUGAAGUUGGCUGGUCGGAGGUGCAAAAGGACCAAGAUGGCAGAGCUAUGCGCGGUGAUGGCCGCAAGCUUGCCCACAAGUUCAACAUCUUCCAAGAGAUUUCCUCUGAAGAUGAUGAUGGUGAGCUCGAGAAGGAGCGGCGCGGCCUCACAGUGGAGCAGAUCUUGGAGAGAAGUCCGAAGUAUGCGGACAAGUUCUUGGAUAAAGUGAAGCCCUUACUGGUCGACCCGAAGGUCAGCCAAACGGCUGCCGGAGGUGCGUUCACAAUGCUGGAGGAGCCACACUUGAUGCCCCUCUUGAACGAGAGUUCCAAGUCGGUCCAGCGCCACAUUCGCAAGUGCCGGACUGCCUUGAAGCAGAUGAAUUGGGCGAUGACAUCUCUCUUGGCGCACAAGGACAGCCCGUGGCGUGGGUUGGAAGUGAAAGGCUCUUUAGCAGAGCACGGCUGCGUCAAGCUGUUGGAGUUGAUGAAGUCAGGUAUGGCUGUCGGCAAGUUUAGCGAGGUGCACGAAGAGGAGUUCGCGAAGCUCAUGGACAAUCUGCACAGGCUGUACAUGGAUAUCUUCGAGCGCCGUGGUCAGGAGCUGCUGAAGGGUGCCAUUCAGUCAGAGUUGGAUGUGAUCUACCUCCUUCCGGAAAGUGGUGGCCGCUUCCCGGAUGGAUCUCGAGUUCUCCUCCAGGAGUUGUCAGCCAGAGCAGAUCUCAACGGCAAAGCAGGCAAGAUCGUGGCAUGGUCCGCCAUCGGCGGCAUGCUCAUUGGGCUGUCAGCUGCCAUCUCCUACUUGGUGGAUGGCAGGAUCGCUGGCGUUGCCGGCAUCCUCGGCCCUUUCCUUCGUGGUGUGACUCAGUGCCAGCCACUGAAGGAUGGCCAGCUGUGGAAGAUACUUUUUCUGCUGGGCUUAGUUCUGGGAGGCUUGAUUGCCAUGGCUUGCAAUCACGAUUUCUCGUUUCCUCGAGCAGCGCCCUUCCAUGUCGUCCGUUACAUUGCAGCUGCGAUUUUUGUCGGGAUCGGCACGCGUGUAGGAAAAGGCUGUACAAGUGGCCACGGCAUCUGCGGACUUCCCAGAUUCUCGUCAAGGAGUUGGGUUGCAGUGCCGACCUUCAUGGGUUGUGCGAUAGUUACAGUUGCCCUCACACGGCAUGGUUUCCAGUGGGAUCAGCCCGGACCAUGGGCAGUUGCCGAGCUGCAGUGGCCUCCCAAGUGGGAGUUUCCUGUUGCCUCCUUGGUGGCCUGUGUUUUGCUGACGGGUCUUGUGCUCCUCCUUCCGAUGCCUGUUCGCAGCUAUGCUUCACCGACACUCGCGGGGAUCAUCUUCGGUGUUGGUUUGGGCUGCGCCGGCAUGACCAGCCAGGCGAAGGUCUUGGACUUCUUGGAUUUCGGUGGCACCUGGGACCCAUCAUUGGCCUUCGUGAUGGGCUGUGGCAUCCUGGUCAGCGGCCCAGCGUUCCUUUAUGCAGAGCGGGAGGCCAGCAAGCCUCUCUGCAGCGACUGCAGCUACGAGAAGCCCCCAAAGCAUGGCAACUAUCCACCGUUGAUCUUCGGAGCCAGCUUCUUCGGGCUGGGCUGGGGCCUGAUCGGGAUCUGCCCGGGGCCGGCGAUUGCUGGCGUCGUUCCUUACCUCGUGGACGGUGACGGCCCAGGCUUCUCCUUUGGCUUGUCCUUUCUUGUGAUCUGCAUUACAUGGUUGAUCACCGAUCGCGUGGUUGUGAAGCUGGAGAAGGCGGCCGCCGCGCAGGCGCUGCCGAAAGCUAUGCAGCCUCCAGACCCCAAAGUCGAGGACGUUCCUGAUGCGAAGCAGGAAACGGAGGAUGAGGAGAACGUGGAUUUUGCACUUCAGCGCUACACCGUUGAGAUUGAGAAAGAAGAAAAGAAGAAGGAUGUUGAAGCUCCUGCGAACCCUGACAUGUUCGGUCUCGGAGAUGUAGAAGACGAAGAAGAAGAUGAUGCGGAGAAAAACCAGAUCGAGUUGGCAGUCCCCAAGAAGCUGAUGGUGCUGCCCAAAAACGUGUUGGUAGACUUGAAGCCUCCAAAGAGCCAGCUGGAACGCCUCGUGAAGGACUGGAACGUCUGGAGGAAACGGCCGCGAUCUGUCAGUGCGAGCCAGGAUGCAGAAGCUGUGGCUGCCGCGUUGGGUCCGCCCUUGGAGUCCAUGGCGAACUUUCUGCAGGAUGCCACGCAAGCAGUCGGCACCGGGUUAGCGACUGGCCGAGAUGGCGCCGAGCUCAUCGCCGACGAGUGCAGACAGGCUCUUUCCAACGCCCGAAACCUCGCAGCCAAGCUGCUGGGUGAAGAGCCGCAGGAGCCUCCGAAGCCACCGCCUCUGAACGAGCCAGCACCUGCUUUGGUGCCGUUCCAAGGUGAGACGGUGUCUCAGGCCUUGAAAGAAGCAGCCGAAGUUGCACAAGCCAGCAUCGAACUGAACAAGGACAAGAAGGAGAAGAAAAGGUCUCGAUCCAGAAAACGACGACGCAAGAAGUCUUCGUCGAGCUCAAGCAGCGGCAAGAAGAAGAGGAAGAGAUAG